AUGGCCACCGAAUCCAAAGACAUUGAGACCGGCGAGACUAAAGACACGGUCGCCGCGCAAGCCGAAGUCGAAGACUUGAAAUAUGCCGCGCACGAACAACAACACCUAGGAACACUCGACCGUCGAUUGAAAGCUCGACAUGUCCAGUUCCUCGCUUUGUCUGGCGCCAUUGGGACAGGUCUGUUCGUCGGAAGCGGCCAAGCUUUGAGUCUAGCAGGACCGUUAUCAGCAUUUCUAGCAUAUCUCAUCACCGGUUUCAAUCUAUUUGCCGUCAUCAAUAGUCUCGGAGAAAUGGCAGCGUACCUGCCCCUUCCUGGCGCCGUGCCCGUCUUUGCCUCGAGAUUCGUCGACCCGGCUCUUGGGUUCACUCUGGGCUGGAACUACUGGUACCAAUUCGCGAUUGGAGUGCCGAUUGAGAUCUCCGCCGCCGCGGUGGUAAUAGGAUACUGGCCCAACGACAUCCCGAACGCAGUUUGGAUUACCGUCUUGUUCAUACCCAUGGUUCUCAUCAACUGUUUCCCAGUGAGGAUCUACGGCGAAGCAGAGUUUGUCUUUGGGGCCAUCAAGCUGACCACUAUUGUCGGGUUGAUUCUGUUGAUGUUUAUCAUCACCUUAGGAGGGGCGCCGAACCACGACCGCAUCGGGUUUCGAUACUGGGACCAUCCAGGCCCGAUGCUCACGUACCUCGAGACCGGGGCACUAGGACGCUUCCUGGCAUUCUGGAAGGUGUUUAUAUCCGCCACAUUCAGUUACGGCGGGAGUGAAAUGGUGGUCGUGGCCGCAGGCGAGACGGAAAACCCGCGUCGAAACAUCCCCAAAGCCGUGCGUCGGGUCUUUUGGCGAAUCGCCAUCUUUUACGUCUUGGCCAUUUUCCUGAUCACAAUGUGUGUCUCCGCCAAAGAUGCUCGCCUGUUGAAUGCGAUCAGCAACUCCGCUCCGGGUGCAGCAGCCAGCCCGUUUGUGAUUGCCAUUGUCAAUGGCGGGAUCUCGGCUUUACCUUCAAUCAUCAAUGCUGUCAUCUUGUCGUCGGCUUGGUCAGCAGGGAAUUCCUUCUUCUACGCCUCCACCCGCGUCUUGUAUUCGACCGCCCUGGACGGUCGAGCGCCGGCCUUUUUGAAAUUUGAACGCUUCGGCGUCCCCUAUGCUUGUGUCGCCACCACCGCCGCGUUGAGCCUGUUGGUCUAUCUGAACGUCAGUUCGAGUUCGGCCGAGGUGUUUUUCUGGAUCUCCAAUAUUUCCGCCGUCAGCACCCUCAUCGUCUGGGCUAGCGUUUGUGUUACCUACUUGCGGUUCUAUGCGGGGUUGAAGCAUUACGGUAUCUCAAGGUCGACUUUGCCGUAUAGAGCCCCCUUCCAGCCGUUCCUGGCGUAUUUCGCCAUUUGCUUUUGUACGGUCGUCGCCAUCUUUAAUGGGUUUGAUGCGUUUUUCCCCGGCAAGUUUAGUGCAAAGACUUUUGUCCCGCCGUAUAUUGACAUUCCGAUCUUUUUGUCCUUGUUCCUCGGGUAUAAGUUGGUCAAGAGGACCAAGUUUGUCAGGUUGAAUGAGAUGGAUUUGUGGAGUGGGAAGGCGGAGAUUGAUCGCUUGGAGGGGACUUGGCCCGAAGUGAAGCCGAGGAAUUUCCUGGAGAGAAUCUGGUUCUGGAUUGCUUGA